CAUGCGUAUAACCGAGCCAGGCGAGUUUGGCGAUUGAAGAAAUGCUACGCUUGUAUGGGAUUCCUAAACUCUUAGUAUAAGCAACCUAGAUCCUUGUCUGAAUUGUUCCCAUUCCGGACAGUCAGCUGUGUUUCUCAAGCACCAAGGUUUUUUGGCACUGGUUCUGUCUCUUCUUCCUGUGACGUCACGCCGAGUGGGAAACCUACUGCGCAUGCACUGGAAGUGCCGCCAUCGCAUUAGGUCUUCCCAAUAGGAAAGCAUUAAAUCGAUGCUUUCCUAUGGGGAUGUAGAAGAUGCUGGAUGUCCUGCAAAGCUGAAUUUAUCCGAAGAAGCGUGAAGUACAAUGGUGCCACAUUAAUGAGAACUGGAGGGGUGACAGAAGACAUCCAAUAUCGUGUUACCAGUUUAAGGUCAGUGCUCAUCGUAAGUAGGGUAUCUUUGGAUAGAUACUGGUUUUGCCGAUGUCUCAAGAACUGAUCAAUCCUACAGAACUUGCUCUCAAGAAAAUGCCCAUCCCCAGCCCAAGGCACAUAUCUGCACCCAAAACAAUCGAAAAAGUAGAUCAAAGUGAUGGUCAUCCUGCAAUCCAGAAAAGCGACAGACAAGAUUUGCCCUGUAAAUCUGACCAUUGGACCUCUUGCAGCCUUGAACGGGGGGAGCAGAGCCCAGCAGCACUGGCAGAGGAGCUUGAUUAUCUCCGACAAACCAAUAAAAAGCUGCUGCAAGAACUAAUGAGCAGAGACAGAGAGCUGGAAACACUGAGACUUGAUGCCGAAUUACAAGAGCAAGCAUCGCAGGCCAGGAUAGCUGAGAAGACAGCAGCAUUAGUAGAAGAAGUCUACCAUGCGCAGCGUGAACGGGAUGAAGCGGUCAUGGCUCGGCUUAGAUUGGCCAAUGAAGAGAGGGAUGAGGCUCUGCUAAGAGUUCAGCAUCUUCAGAUGUUUUUAAAAGAGUUGGAGGAUAUUAACCCUGAAGAAGGUGACACGACAAUUCAGGAAUUGGUGGGCAGAUUGGUGGAGGCAGAAGGUGGCAUUGACAUCCAGCAGAAUGGGGAGCUCAUUCUUGAACGCAUCCGUCAGAGUCGUGAGAGAAGAGAACUUAUCACUGCUGAAGAAAUGGGAGUUGUCAUCCAAGAGAGGGAUUCAGCACGAGCACAGGUUACACAUCUGGAAAAGGAGCUUCAUCAGCUCAGAGAGAGUAAAUUGGUUUCCAUGGAUGAUGAAGCUGCACAGAUAACCUUUGAAGCUGCUUCCAAGGCGUCAUUGAACUUUCUUCAGGAUGAUCAAGAAGAGGUAAUUGAAAGAUACAAAAAACUUGAAGAAGAGCUACAGACCCUUCGUGUAUAUUACAGCUUGCACCAGUCCUUGUCCCAGGAAGUGAACCUGAAAGAGCAGUACUCGCGGGCUGUUACCCUUUAUGACGAAGCUCUGAGAAACCGGGAAGAGCUGCUAAAUAUCAACCAGCGGCAGAACCAAGAAUUGGCACAUCAGCUGCAACAAGCUCAGAACCAAUGCACUGAGCUGCAAGAAUCCCUACAGAGGGCAACAGCUUACCAGCAGGAGACUCAGGAGAAGGUGUACAAGUUGGAGCGACUGGUGGAUGUACUCAGGAAAAAGGUUGGCAUUGGAAAUGUCCGGACUGUAAUAUGAUUCUGACAACUAGGAGAGAAUACCUUUUACAUUUGUUGACCAGGCAGUGAGCUCGGCCUGUGACAAGUAAACAGUACCUCAACAACAUACCCUUUUCCACAAGUAGAACAGGUUGAUAUUAAAGGAACGUCUGUCUUGACACUGCCAUGUCAAACCAUCCUCUGUUAUUUACCUUCUAGCUGUGCCUUCCUGUAUACGGACACUUGGUAGGUAGUUACCUGGUAGGUGGUUAACAGGAAUAUAUGAAACCGUAUUUAUCAUUUUCAGUGGAAUAUCAAAUCAGAAAUGUCUUUCACAUAAUGUGAUUUUGGGAAGUUGAUUGACAUUGCAAGCUGCUGAAUUUAAUGUCGUUUGUCAAACCUGUAUCAAAUGAUGAGCUCUCUCUAUUGUUCGUUUGGGGGUGGUUAAAAGGUAAUCACUAUUUGUUGACACUUAUCUUGUAAAAUACUCAUCUAAAACAGCCAGAAUGAGCUGCCCUGUUCUUAAUGGACCAUUUGCUUAAACAAAUAGGCAAGUGUGUCUUUUUUACUUUUAAAGCCAUGUUCUCUUUGAGAUUUAUUUCCAAAUUUUACAUUGUUUCAAAUUGACCAACAAAUUAGACAUUGUGCAACUUGCUUGCCAGUAAAUAAAGUAUUUUGUGCGCUCUGCCAGGUCCCUAUAAUGUGGUGAAUGUUAUGAUGAGAGGGACAUUAUAGAUAAAACCAUAUUGCCCAAUAUGUGGAGAACCAUUUCUGCCUGGUAUUAAUGUGCUUCAGAACUACUUACAGGCUUGUUACCAGGCAACCAACAACUGCACACAUGCACAUAGACCUGUUAAAGCAUUAUUGCGUGUACAUGCCCUUUGUAGCAAUCUUAUUGAUUUUUACAAUGUUACAUGCAAAGCAACAUGCCUGAAAAAGCUGAACCUAUUUUUAAAUUUAGGGUGGUCCCACAGGAUCUGGGAUUAUUGGGAGGAGUGGGAUGUUAACA